CUCUCUCUAUCUUUCUCUCUCUAGCAAAAUUAAAAACCCAGUAGUUGAUUCUGCGUUUUGAUUAUUUGAAAACACCAAAAAUGUGGCAAGUUCUACUUGCAGCAGCUGCAGCUGCAGGAUCCGGCAUUUUAGCCAAGAAAUUCAUAAACCCCACUGACACAGAAAAACCCAGCUCCGAUUUCAACCAAAACCACCAACAAUGCGAUCAAAAGAAGAAUUUGAAUCCCCAAGAUUCAAACUUUCAAGAAAAUGGAGUUGCAAUCAGUGACGACGGUGGCAAAAUAUUUAGGUUUUCAAGUCCGCAGACAGGCACAAAGGAAUCGAAGAAGAAAACAGGGAGUGGGUUCAGAUUGCUCAAGAAAAAUGGCGGUGCGAAGAGGGGAAACAAAAAUGGUGGUUCGAAAGAGAUGGUGGUGGUGGAUCAAAGAGGAAAUUGUAGUGGAAAACGAGUCUCCGUUUGUUUGAAGAAGAGGCGAACCGGCAAGCAUGCUGCCGGAAACUGUGAAUCUUGUGCUUCUAAAGACAGUUCAUUUGGUUUGGGAGUCGGUAUUGGAAUGAUGUAUGUGGUGUCUGCUGGUAAAGCCGAAAUCAGUAAGUUGAACUGUGCGAUGGACGAGACUGCAAAGAUUGUUCAAGAAUUGAAAUCUGAAAUAUCGACAAGGAAAAACGAGCACACUUCUUCUAUAGCUUUAAAUGAAUCCGGAAAAAAUAAAAAACAUAUUAAAAGAUGCUACAGCGAUCCAUUAUCCCCUAAUCCUGAAGUGAUGGAAAUGGAUCAAUUGGAAGCAGAACUCGAGUCCGAACUACAGAAGCUUCCGUGGUGUGCCACAGCAAGUUCGGGUUCCGAAGGAAGACCAGAUUUUUUCGAGGCUGAAAUUUUGGCGAAAGAAGUUAAAUCUGAUGGAGUGUUGCCAGACGAACUGGAUACGAAAUUGUGCCAUUUGCUAAUCGAGCAACAAGAAAGUCAGAUAGUGGAGUUGGAGGCAGAGCUGCAUAACGCACACUCUAAACUACACGAGAAAGAAGCAGAGCUCGAAGCGCUCAAAGAUUGCGUUAAACGUCUAACUGAAUUUUCAUUAGCAAGUGCAUCAGAUGAAGAAAUUGAGGACAAAGAAGAGGAUGUGAAAGCAAGAGAUGGGAUUGAGGAGAAUGUGACGGAAUCGAUGGUUGGGAUGAAACAAACAAUCGGAUAUUAAUCAAACGUAUGUUGAUCUGAAUGAGAUUGUUUCAUUAACAAGCAAGUGGGGAGGAGAUGAAGAUUAGCAGCUGCAAUAAUAAUCAGAUGAUUAAGUGUUGGUAAAUAUAUUAUGAUAACCAUGUUUAGUACAGUGUUGAACAAGGAUGUAGUUGUUUGACUUUUAUUCCUUUUGAGAUGGCAUCAGUUAGUUAACAUGUUUGUUUCUUUCUCCUUGUUUUAAAACAAGAACUUAAACCUUGUAAAAAUUUA